AUGCUAAGACCUUUGAUAAGAAGUUUACGGAUCACUAGCAGGGUCCCCAUUUUACAGGCUCCAAGAGUGUUACCUAGACGGGCAUGGUAUUUAUCCAAGACCUUUUCUACAUCAAGUUUGAAUUUUCAAGAGCAAAAGAAGGAUGAUGGCAAGAUCCACGUAGGGUCGUUUAAGGUUGAUAAACCCAUGCUUAUGAUAGCAUUUACAUGCAAGAAGUGUAACACUAGAUCAUCGCACACAAUGUCCAAGCAAGCUUACAAUAACGGCACCGUCCUGAUUCAAUGUCCUGGUUGCAAGGGCAGACACUUGAUCGCCGACCAUCUCAAAAUCUUUUCAGAUAACAAAGUAACAAUCCAAGAUAUCUUGAAAGCAAAGGGUGAAUCUGUUUCUCUGACUACCGAUGACCUUGCAUUUGAAGAUAUUCCUGAGAACCUGAAAAAACGGAUAGGCCACUAUGCUAAAGAUGCACCGGAGCAUUUGAAGAGGAAACUCGACAAUGAGCAGAUUCAUACGCUUCCUGCAAAAGAAAACUAG